AAACACAUAGAAGAAGAGGAUGACUAUAGGUCACGUGAAGUGAUCUACUUUACAGUGGUGGCUCAGCGUUUUACUGCAAAGGACUUAGGAACACUUCUGCUACGAGUUAUAGUUUUUUUUUUUAGUUUUGGUAAUUCAUUUCGUUGAAUUAAAGGGUAGAGUUAUACUAAAACAGAAUUUUGUAAAAUAUUUGUCUUACAGCUACAAAUCGCGGAUUUGUGGUGUUUUGCAUAUUUCGGUGCUAGUUAACCACGGUUAGCUCGUUAGCUAACGCCAACAUGAACAUGGACAACUUAAAUCAGUCUGUAACAACAGGAGUGCCUUCUACCACAUCGUCAACGGCAAGUAAUUGCAUUGCCAAUGAUAAUACGACAACCAACGUGAGCAGCAUCCCGUCGGUCACAAGUAAUGCUUCGUCCUCAUCGGCUGUGGUGACACCGUCUGCAGACACAUCUGUUUCCAAUGGAGUGUAUGUUCCUGGUGGCAUCACCAAUGGAGAUGUGAAGCCUGCUGUUUCCACCACGCCACUGGCUGAUUUCCUCAUGCAGCUGGAAGAGUACACUCCCACGAUUCCUGAUGCAGUCACAGGCUACUACCUCAACCGGGCUGGCUUUGAGGCUUCUGAUCCAAGGAUAAUUCGUCUGAUCUCCCUCGCAUCUCAGAAAUUUAUCUCAGACAUUGCCAAUGAUGCGCUGCAGUACUGCAAAAUGAAAGGCACUGCCUCAGGAAGCUCAAGAAGUAAGACAAAGGAUAAGAAGUACACAUUGACUAUGGAGGACCUGACUCCUGCCCUCGCAGAAUAUGGUGUGAAUGUGAAGAAACCUUAUUACUUUACAUAAAACAAUUUCUUUAGAGCUUUUUGCUAUUGCUAGUACUUAUCUGCCUGCUUGCACAGCAGAGUUUGUGACAACCUGUAUUGCUAUUUUUUUUUUUUUUCUCACCUUGAGUUAGAACAACUUUGAGAAAUCUUUGCAGUCAAUUUGCAUUUGGUCAUUUGUUUUGUGGCGCAGUCUUUGCAAUUUGUUAAUUUGUAAAAAUGUUGUUUUAUUGUGAAAAUAAAACCUUUAACAGAAACAU